AUGAGCAUCAUGAACAGCUUCGUGAACGACAUCUUCGAGCGCAUCGCUGCCGAGGCCUCCGAUCUCGCCCGCUACAACAAAAGAUCCACCAUCACCAUUCGGGAGAUCCAGACCGCCGUCCGACUCUUCCUGCCCAGAGAACUGGCAAAGCACGUCAGUGCUUGGCCAGUCUCUUCAAAAGCUCUUCCAAAUGGUCUAAUUUGGAAGAGCUUUUGA